GUGGAUCAAAGAAUGUGCAGUUGAUUCUUCCAUGCAUCCCCAUUGUAUUGGACAAAAAGUAGAGUUAAAGUUGCAUCCUUACUGUGAAAAUCCACAGAAAGCCCAUUCCACAAACAACUUUUCUGCCAGGACCCGUACACUAUCGGGACAUUUAUAAUCAUUCAGAUGCAGAGCUUGCUUUGGCACUUCUUUUUUUUCUUUGAUAUGGUCUUAAAAGCUCUAGCAAGAAGAUAGCUGUAAAGCAGCUGGAGAAUGGAAAAUAUCUGUUAAAAAUCAAAUAUGACAUGUUCAUCCUGAAGAGGAAUGUGCUUCUCAGUUAUACAACUAUCAUUCUGAUUAAUCUGCAUUUACAAGACUUGUCUUGUUACUUUCUGGGAGUUCACACUCGCGAGGUUAUUUGACACUCCCUCAGGCUAUAAAUUAUGGGCACUUGUUUACUGAAGUGUGAUUUAUUAUUUUUAUAAAAAUGCCCAACCCUUACAUCCCGUCUUUUGCUGGAAAGAGGCUUCUUUGUGCACCAAGACUUUAAAUUGUGUGCAGCCAUUUACUUAGUGCUUUCACUUCUUUGAAUCGUUGUCUCGGUUCACUCCUCUCACCAUGAAGAGUUUUGCUCUCCUUUUCCUGGUUGUGAUCUGUGGCAUGGGAGGAUUCGGACAGAAGCUGAAGCCAAAGAAAAGAAGCAAUGGUGAAGAAAUCAAAUUUCGGACUAAAACCAAAGAUGCUUGCACAAUUACCGUGAGUGGCGAUGACGAGGAGAUGAAACUUAGAAUUGAAUGCAAAAGCCAAGGCAUGUCCUACUGGUGUGAAUUUACUGGCAAGCCAUCAGUCUGCCGUGCUUUCAGAAACAAUCCAAAGAUUUACUGGAAUCAGAUUGCCGCGGAACUCAGAAAGAUCCCGCAUGCUUGCGAAUCCAUGGAAGUGUUGAAGACGAGCAUGUGCCAAAAGGCUCCCCCAGAGGCUCUCAUGAGGCAAAUAGCUGCUGGUGUGGAGCUGGAAGAUCUAACAAACCAGAAAAAAUCAGUCCAGGAAGCUUCCAUUCCAAUGAGAGAAGUGGAGCAAAGCUCUGACCCAACCCAACAUGGUCAAGGGUCUGAAAAUGAAACAGAAGCAAUGAAACUGGCACGGGAACAUUGCUGGGAAUCUCUGCAUGGUGUCUGCUCCUACAUCAUUGGCAUCUUUAGGGGUUAAGGAUUUGCUUCAGAGCAAUGAUAUUACAGCUGAAGAAGGGUCCUUGCUGCAUUGUAAUAAUUUAGACAUAAGAAUUUUGAUUAAAAAUGUGUAAUUUGUAUUAAUCUUUUAGCUGUUUCCUUUUUAAAGGAAAAAAAUGAGACUUUUUAACAGCUCUUUAAAAAUUCACAAAAUUGGAGUGACUCUGCUUAAAGUGUUAGUUGGAACUAACUGCCCCUAGGCUUGUUACACACUGAGGUCUACUGCAUUUAUGUAACCAAGGAUCUUCUUGACCUUGCAUAGGUUUUUGUGUGGACUGACUUGCUUCAGUUUGUUAGAGUUGAAAGCUGUUAGUGAUUAUACAGUUAGUACAAACAAUA